AUGGGGUUACUUGAUAUCUCCAUCAUUCGCAUGGUUUCAAAACUAGUACUAGUUUUGUUGCUGUUUCAUCAUGUGGUUAUUGCUAACUCUUCCUACUCUUCGCAGAAGCAGUAUCCAUCUUGCCCUGAUGAGGAGAAGUCCGCCCUGCUGCAAUUCAAAGACAGCUUUACGAUUGACAAAUCUGCUUCUAGAUCUACCGAUGCUUAUCCGAAGGUCUCAUCAUGGAAACCAGCUGAAGGAGGAAAUAGCACCUGCUCCUUAUGGGAAGGUGUCAAGUGUGAUGAGAAGACGGGUCAUGUGAUUGGCCUAGAUCUUCGUAGCAGCUGUCUCCACGGCUCUAUCAACAGCAAUAGCAGCCUCUUCCGCCUUGUUCAUCUUCAAAGGUUAAACCUCUCUGACAAUAACUUCAAUUACUCUCAAAUUCCUACUAGCAUUAGGAAUUUUCCAAGCCUUACUCAUCUUGACCUCUCUACCUCUGUCUUUUCUGGUCGAGUCCCUUCUGAACUUUCACUGUUAUCCAAGUUGACAUACCUUAAUCUAGCUCUCAAUCUCGAUAGAUUGUCAGAAGAUAAGGAUCAUCAGUUGUCAAAAGAGGAGAAUUAUCCCUUGUUGAAACUUGAAGCAUCAGAUCUUGGAAGCCUAGUUCAAAACUUAACCAGUCUCGAAGUACUUACUCUCAGUUUCGUAAAUGUAUCUUCGGCAAUUCCUCAUUCAAUGGCUAAUUUAUCAUCAUUGACAUCCCUCUCCCUCAAAGACUGUCACCUGUUUGGUGAAUUUCCUGUGAGAAUUUUCCAACUACCAAACCUAGAAUUUCUUAGUGUGAGAUACAACCAAGAUCUGACUGGAUAUUUUCCUGAAUUUAAUCGAAGUAGUCCUCUCAUGCUUCUGAAAGUUUCCUAUACCAGGUUUUUCGGGAACAUACCCUCUUCGUUUGGAAACCUUGAUUCACUGCAAGAGUUGGAUGUGGCUCAAUGCAAUUUUUCGGAAGGGUUGGUUCCAUCUGCACUUGGGAAUCUUAGGAAGCUCACUUAUCUAGACAUUUCAAACAACAGAUUUGGAGGUCCAAUUCCUGAUUCCUUGGCAAACCUUACCCAACUGGCUACUUUUAGGAUUAGUAGCACUAUGAAUCGAUUAACUGGUCCAAUCCCAUCUUGGCUAGGCAACUUUAGCAAACUAGAGUACCUAGAUUUUGCUUUUAAUGAACUGAAUGGUUCAAUUCCUGCGUCAUUUUCCAAUCUCACAAACCUUCAGAUCCUUUAUCUACAUUCCAAUUGUCUGAGUGGUGUAGUAGAGUUUCAAAUGUUUCAAAAUCUACAAUUUCUUUACCAACUCCAAUUAAAUUGGAACAGUAUAGAUUUUGUCACUGAAUCGAGAAUUGUGAAUUCAACAGUUCCGCAGUUCACCAUUCUAGGAUUGAGUUUUUGCAACAUAAGAGAGUUUCCAUCUUUCUUACAAUAUCAGAAACGUUUGGAGCGUUUGGACCUUUCUAGAAACAAAAUCCGAGGCCAAGUACCAAAAUGGAUGUGGAACACAAGCAUAGAAACUUUGCUAUUGUUAGACAUUUCUAGUAACUUCAUUUCAGACCAACCUCCACUUGUCCUUCCUUGGGUGAAACUGUUAUGUAUAAGGUUUUCGGCCAACAUGUUUCAUGGAUCACUACCGAUACCUCCACCAACCAUGCGAGAAUAUGCAGCUGCAGACAACAACUUUACUGGAGAAAUCUCACCGUCGCUUUGCAAUGUGAAAAAUCUUCAGUAUCUUGACUUGUCGAAAAAUAACUUGAGUGGCAUGCUUCCUCAAUGUCUCGGAAACUUUAGUGAUGAUCUGAUUCUUUUACUUCUUGGAAACAACUCUUUUCACGGAAUUAUUCCUCAGACAUACAACAAAGGAAGCAAGUUGAGAAUGAUUGAUGUGAGUCAUAACAAGUUGCAGGGGCAGUUGCCGAGGUCAUUGGUCAAUUGUAUAAUGCUUGAGUAUCUUGUUUUGUCAAACAAUCGAUUCAAUGAUGUUUUCCCCAUUUGGUUGGGGACUCUUCUAGAGCUAAAACUUUUGGCAAUGCGCCAUAAUGGAUUCCACGGUGUGAUUGGAAAGUCUAGAAAGAAUGUCGAUUUCCCUAAGUUACGCAUUCUUGAUUUGGCUUACAAUGAUUUUACUGGUGCGGUUCCAUCUGUGUUUCCAGAUAUUACUGUAAACAAGUCAACAUAUAUGUACACAGACGUAGUUUAUGAUGUCAAUGGAUUCACGAUUGUUAACAGUGUUGAUUACCAACUCACUAUAGCAACAAAAGGCUUGGAGCAACACUACCCAAAGAUUCGAGAAGAAUUCGCAUCCUUCGAUAUCUCAUGCAACAAAUUUGAAGGGAAAAUUCCAGAAUUCAUCGGGAAUCUUAAGGAGCUUCGUUCGCUGAAUCUAUCCCACAACUUUCUCACUGGUUCUAUCCCAUCAUCCUUUGGAAACUUGAUGAAGCUUGAAUCGUUGGACCUUUCACAAAACAAGCUCUCAGGACGUAUCCCCCAACAGCUGGUGCAACUUAAUUUUCUUUCCAGUUUCAAUGUGUCUCACAACAAUCUCACAGGUUCUAUACCACAAGGAACCCAGCUUACUUCUUUGAAUGUCACUUCAUACGAGGGAAACCCAGGGUUGUGUGGAGAUCCAUUGCCAAAGAAAUGUGGAGAUCCUAAGGCCCCUGAACUUCCACCUUCAACCAUCGACGAAGGUGAUUCUAGCUCAGAAGGCAUAUUUGAAUUGGAUUGGAAAAUUGUUUCGGCCGGAUGUGGAAGUGGGUUGGUAGUGGGAGUAGUUCUUGCGGAUGUUGUGAUCACAAGGAGGCCCGACUUGUUUCUUAAGAUUGUUGGAAUGAUCAGGCAAAUGAUAAGGAAAAUUUAG